AUGCAUAAGUGGGAAAACAGGUCCAGGGAGGCUACGGGUGGGCAGCUAGUAACUGAUGAGGCCAGGACCCGAUCUCAGACCCCACGGUCUAGACACUCUACCCACCCACCUGCAUUCCUGGUUCAGAAGCUCCCCGUCAAGAGUAGGCUGGGCCUCCCGGGCCAAGGAGGGCUCCCAAAUGAAUCCUUCUCUUUUAAUAUAAGUCCCUUUCCAGAGAAAACCCAACAGUUUACAUUCAUCCAGGAGGACUCUCCCCAGAAUAUUACUGUGUGCGGUCGCAAGGUGUGGAAUGCUUGCUACUCGGGAGCUUCUGAGGGGUCCGAGGACAGAGUUCAUCAGGAUGGAGGCUCCGUAUGUCACUGUUGUCCACAAGGACAUGCACAGCAGCCUUUAGAUGAAAAUGCAAAACAGCUUCAGCUGUGUUCCUUGCCCCCCAAGUUCAGCCGUGUGGGCCAUAAUCUGAUGGUUUCAGCGAAGGAGCCAGCAGCCUCGGGCAUUGGGCAGCAGCGGACGCAUGGCUGCCCCUUCUGGAAUGCCACUGUCAGCUGGCCCGAAAUCAGGAGGCAACACCUGGCCACUGCUCAGCUCUCUCACUCUAUCAGAAUUCACAAAGCAUCUAAGGAAACCAUUUUUCCAUCCCAAAUCACUAGUGAGCAUGAGUCAUUGAUAAUGGUGAAGAAACUUUUUGCUACUUCUAUCUCGCGUAUGACAUAUCUAAGAGGCCUGUUUCCAGAGAGCUCUUAUGGAGAACGCCAUUUGGAUGACCUCAGUUUAAAAAUCCUUCGAGAAGAUAGAAAAUGUCCUGGGUCACUGCAUAUUAUCAAAUGGAUCCAAGGUUGUUUUGAUGCUUUGGAAAAGAGAUACCUUUAUACAAAUCCCAAGGAACCAGAGAAAGUGACUGAGAUAUACCAGUUCAAAUUCAAAUACACAAAAGAAGGAGCCACUAUGGAUUUUGAAAGCAGUAGUACAAGCUUCGAAAGUGGGACAGACAGUGAAGAUAUUAAAUAAGCCAGUAUUCUACUGAUCCAUAAAUUAUAUAUACUGAUGCAGAACCUUGGACCCCUUCCUAAUGAUGUUAUACUUACUGUGAAGCUCCACUACUAUGAUGUGGUGACUCCACAUGAUUACCAACCCCCUGGUUUUAAAAGAAGGGGUAAACUGACACACUUCCUGCUGUUCGAGGGGGAGCCUGUAAACCUGCAAGUGGGAUUGGUCUCCACUGGCUUUCAUAGCAUGAAAGUAAAAGUCACAGCUGAAGCCACCAGAGUAUCUGAUUUGGAGAACAAUCUCUUUCAGGAGAACAGCACUACUGAGAUUGCUCAUCAGGGUCUAGACUUCGAUGAAGAAGAAGAGGAAUGCAACAAUCAUGUAAGGCACAACUUUAUUGAGCCUCCAUUGCUUCAGUUAAACACAGCUAACAUUUUUAAUGAAAAAAAAAAAGACUUUCCAAUAUACUUCUUUUAG